UUAUCUGAAACUUUGCCGAAUAAAAUUGGGGUCGCACACGCAUACCAAAGUCGUGAGCGAGCUGUGAAGGCAACUCUCCACGCGGUGAAUGUAAAUUACAUUCACGCCGUGGAGAGUUGUGUUUGCUGCCUUCUGUUGACUAAACUAUUAAUUCUACGCUAAUAUAUUCUUCUACAAAGUUUCAGAUAAAACAAAAAUGAAAAAGUGUUCCAUACAUUGAUUAUGCUGCGAUGUUUCUGAAGCGAGUUAACAGCAAGCGAAUGUAAAUGAUUGCAAAUGAAUGAUCCCAUCCUUGCUUAUGCCCUUAUCACAUGUUACGCUAGAACUUAUUUCUAUCUGAAAAUGUUUUUCAUGUAAUUUGUUUUACAAUAUACUUCACCUAACUUUUGAAAAGGGCAUAUUGUGAAAACCUAAUUUUCUUCUCAAUAAAGUUAUAACACGAAAACGGUUUGGCAAUACAUAUUUCCAGCAUUACGAACUGCAGAAGCUUUGUGUACAACUUUAAACAGCGUUAAUCUUUGACAUCGAGCAACAACCACUUAAGUGCAACCCAAAAUGCUGAACGAAGAAGUAGAUGACUCGGAGUUCUUCCAGCAGGACUUCACCACCGCAUCGGAGUGGGAGAUAUUCAACGCUCGGUUGGAAGAAAUUUUCCACGAGUGGAAGCUAUCCUACGUGACAUCCGGGUACCAUGCUUCCUUGGAACAGAAUCAACUUUCACUCUGCGAGUGGACCCACCUGAAAGAAAGGAUUAAAUUUGCUGACGUUGAGCUGGAUGUUGUCAGAUACAAAGCUAACAUUCCGGGUCGGGAAUUAACUGGAGAGGAUGGCGUCCGAGACGGCUGCCAAGCGUUCGUCGAUUUGAUGGCCAAUGAAAACGACUACUGUAUUGUUGACCAGAAGGUUGACGAUGGACAACUGCAUCCGCUGGCCCAGUGGUACGGAUUGCGAGAGUUUGUCGUGGUGGUUCCGGUGAAGAACUCCAUCACCAACGAGAGCCAAAUUGGGAUCCUGAUGAGUUCGAUCCAUAUUGCUGUGUCGGAGAGUGGUUGUGACGUUCCGGUGUUUGUGCAGGUGUUGGACAAGGUCCAGAAUGUGUUCUUGGGAGUUUGCGAAUCGGGCUCGACGCGAUUGUCGUUCGACAUUGUACACUUGAAUGUAACGCCGCCGACGUGCAAGUAUCUUUCGGGUUUGCUGGAUGUUUUCAAGGGAAAAAUUGGCGUAUCGUAUGCGGAUCCGGUGGCGGUGUCAGUUCGGUUCACCUACUCGCUGACCAAGUUUCUGAGUGCUUCGUUCGCAGUCUCUAAGAACAUCCCAUUCUCCAACAACGGUGAAGAUGAGAAAGAUUCUACCAUAUCGCUUCCGUUUGGAGUCGCUAUCGAUCCAGUAUCGGAACUGAUCCUGCAUUGCACGUGGCCACACGUCGCUGAUAACGUAGUUGUCGAUUCCCAAUCCUACUCGGAUUUUGAUCCACUGACGGCCCCAGUUUGGACCUUGAGGGCUCGCUUCGAAGAUGCUCCGGUUUGCUACAUGUCGGAUUGCGUUCAGGAGUUUUUGCAAGUUUCCGAAUCACGUCGGGCCAUAACUGAAUACUUUCCGGAACUUGCCGUCGGAGCUACGCAGAACUUGGAAGGGACAAAAGCACUGGAACGCUUGACGGAAUCCAAGAUCCCAACUUUGUCAUCGGUUAUACCGGGGAUUGCAACUAGUGGUGGGAAGAAGGACACUAUUAAACUUGAAGGUCCGUUGAACGACGAACUGCUAAAAGACAUGUUGUACUACCUAUUCCCCGAUGCUCAAAACGACGCAAGUCACCAGUAUCACAUACCGUCGGCGGGACAGACGGAAUUCGAUCCUUUGAAAAUAAAAUCUGCCCAUCCGGAUUCAUUGGUUCAUCGGUUGGCCAAGCUCUUGGCUGCAUGUAAUUCGUAUUAUGGUGGAAAACGUGCGGUGGCCCAGCUGUGGGCUGAGUUUGCUCAGGAGAUGCGCUAUCGAGUGGAACGUUGCAUUUAUAUUCCGGGUGUUGCCGCUGGGUUCCCGGAUUCGAGAACAUGCCUGCUCCAUCAGAAGCUGCAGAUGCUGAACGUUUGCAUGGAACGGAGGAGAAUUCGCGAGGGAGGAUUACCCUUCUCGAUGACUGGUGGAGGCGGCAGUGGAGAAGGCGGAGCGGAAGGUCGCGAGGGAAACCACGACUCCGAGGAUGAGUUCUUCGAUUGUUCCGAUGAGGAUGAGGAAGAAUCCAAGAGGCGUCACGCCCCAUGGAACCAACCGGUUGGCCGUCUGUCGAAGCUCGGCAAAAUGCUACUGGUCGACUCGGACGAACCACUUUACAUUCCGAUCACUCAAGAGCCGGUGCCGAAAACGGAAGACCAGCUGGAAGACGACGCCGAAGUGAUGCUCAAACUGGGGCCCGGCAGCGAGCUGUGCACCCAGAUGAUGAGCGCUUCGUUGCUGUCCGACAUGGAGAGUUUUAAGGCAGCUAAUCCGGCUGGGAAGCUGGAGGACUUCAUCAGGUGGUACAGCCCGAGGGAUUGGAUUGAGGAGGAUACGGAUGAGAGGGACCCCUUUGGGAGGAAGGGCCAUCUAAGUUCGAGGAUGAUGAUUCCGGGGAAUACUUGGCAGACGGUUUGGGACGACGCAAGACCGGUGCCCGCUAGACGACAGAGGCGUUUGUUCGACGACGCCAAGGAGGCGGAAAAGGUGCUUCACUAUUUCGAUUCGAGAAGUUUGGGCCAGAUCGCCCAGCUAACCAUGGCGGCGUUGUUUCAUUCGGCUUUGAGAACACUGCAGGACGAAGCUGGAACGGACAGCGAGAUCAUUCCCAGCUUUGCGGAGAAUUUUGAAAAAGUAAUGAGCACAUGUUGUAAACUUUCACGGGAAAAUUGGAUCAGCUCUGCGCCGACUCCUCGGGGAACAUCUGUGAAGAAGUUUGAGAGUCUUCUGUCCGAUAUCACGCAGCUAGAAAAUGUGAUAAUUCAGGUAAGAAGCCUCCGGAAGAAGCUUUUCCCCCCACCGGAAGAUGAAACCGAACCAGCUUUGGAUAAAACGACGGUGGAGAAAGCGAUGCUAUCCCAACUGCUGAAAGCACUCGAAACCGAACUGGACGAUGGGGCGAAAAGCACGAUUUCGAAGCGAGUUCUCGGUAUGUUCACCGAGGCGAAGAUGGCGGCUAACGAGCAGGCGAACGAGCAAACGGUGGCGUUGGUAAGCUUUAUGCUCGCUGAUGGAGCUUAUUUUACUCUGCCGGAUCCGGUUGAAAAGCAGUUCACUUUGAGACUUGGCGGUAAAACUAUCAACAAAGGAAUGGGUUCGCCGCAAUUUAUGAGAGCAAUACUGACCCAUAAUGAAUUCCGUUUAUGUGGAGCAUUUAGCCAAAAUACAACGUUUUAUUAAGACGAAUGAUGCAUGCGGUUCAUCAAUUCAACAUUGUUUCAUAUUUUCAGAGAAAUAAAAGACGAAGUUUGCUGUUCUAAUAUACAGGUCGGACUCGAUUAUCCGGAGUCGGGUUCACAUGCUUCUCAAUCAUAUAUCUAGGUAACGGAACGCUCUAUAAAACUGAAAUUUUGACAGUUUGUCAAGCCAACUUUGAUCAGUGAUCAGUGAAAAUUGCAGAUUCUUACAGCAUUCCGUUUGUGAGAUUUUAUUAUGGGAAGCGCCAGAACCCGACCCCGGAUAAUCGAGUCCGAACUGUAAUGAGAUUUUCAUGGUCACCCUAUCUAAUACCAGAUCGUUGAUGCAGUUGAAUGAAAGGACAAAGUGGAGGUCAGAAAGGAUAAGAUCAUAUAUUUUGAGGAGAAUAAAAAUAUGAUAAACAUGUACAUUAUUAUAAAAAUACAAUCAUUAUUAUUAUUUA